AUGAUGAAAAAGUUGACGGUACUAUCGAUUUUGGUGGUGGCUCUUUUGUUGGCCGACACAGCAGCGGCAUCGCCGAGGCAAUAUUUUCAAAGACGUCAAUUCGGGAGUGGCGGUUUGCUGAACUUCUUCGGCGACGACAUAUUCGGAGGUACACCCAUGGGAAGUGGCUAUCGUAGAUUCCUCGGCUGGGGCCGUCCUCGAUACGAUCGAUACGGUGGAGGUGAGGGUAAUAACUAUCAAGGCACCGAUAUCGGCACAAUGAAUGAGUACAAUCUCAAUCUCUAA